GCUCUGAAGGGAGCCCAAAAUGCUCUUGCUUGUGCCCCUGGAAGACGGAACGAGGAGGGUCGUGUACCUGAGUCAGGGCUGCCUUUUGAAGCUGGCCACGGGGGAGUCGUUGGCAGGUGGUAACGACACUGUGACUGAUUCAAAGCCAGAAGCCAUGACGGCUUCAGCGGAGGCAGAUGCCGCCAGCCUCGGCUCAGCCGAAGACAGUGGCAAGGGUUCCUCGACCUCCGAGGAAGAGGAUGGCACUGUGGCCAAGCCAGGUGCAGCCUCGGGUGAAGCAGCGUCGGAGACUAGCGGCCAGGAGCUGGUCUUCAUCCAGGACACUGGGUUCAACGUGCGAAUUCAGGCACCAGGCUUAGAGACAUUUGACAUUCAGGUGAGCUCUAUGGAGCUGGUCCAGGAGAUCCACCAGCUGCUGAUGGACCGGGAGGACACCUGCCACCGGACGUGCUUCAGCCUCCAGCUGGACGGCACCACACUAGACAACUUUGCCGAGCUGAAGAACAUCCAGGGCCUCGCGGAGGGAUCCCUCAUCAAGGUCGUCGAAGAGCCGUACACGGUGCGGGAGGCACGCAUUCACGUGCGCCAUGUGCGAGAUCUGCUCAAGUCUCUGGAUCCCGGUGAUGCCUACAAUGGCCUGGACUGCAGCUCCCUGGCCUUCCUCAAUGUCGUCACGCAGGGGGACAUCCUUGAGAAGAAGAGCCGAGGAGAGUCUGUCGACUGCACACCACCGGACUACAUCAUCCCGGGCUGCAAAGAAAGCCCACCACUCGUGCCUCUGCUGCCGCAGGCCAAGGACCAGAAGAGUUAUCAAGCCCUGAAAGUGUUGACCACCAGUGGUUGGAACCCCCCACCUGGGCCAAGAAAACUGCACGGGGACCUGAUGUACUUGUAUGUCGUGACGCUGGAAGACAAGAGGUACCACAUCACAGCAUCUACAAGAGGCUUCUAUAUCAACGAGUCCACGGAGGAAGAGUUCAACCCACGGCCAUGUUCACCCAAGCACGUCUACCACUCCCUCGUUGACCUGCUUAGUCAGGUGAGCAGCUCCUUCAAGCGCAACUUUGCGCUCAUCCAGAAGAAGCGGACCCAGCGGCACCCCUUCGAGCGGGUGGCCACGCCCUACCAGGUCUACUCAUGGCUAGCACCCACGUCCGAGCACAGCAUUGACGCCAUUCGUGCGGAAGACGCAUUCUCAUUCAAGCUGGGCUACGAGGAGCACAUCCCGGGCCAGACGCGUGACUGGAACGACGAGCUGCAGACGACGCGCGAGCUGCCUCGCAAGACCCUGCCCGAGCGGCUGCUGCGCGAGCGAGCUGUGUUCAAGGUGCACAGCGACUUCGUGGCUGCUGCCACGCGAGGUGCCGUCGCUGUGGUCGAUGGCAACGUCAUGGCCAUCAAUCCUGGAGAGGAGACCAAGAUGCAGAUGUUCAUCUGGAAUAAUAUCUUCUUUAGCUUGGGCUUUGAUGUACGAGACCACUACAAGGAAUUGGGUGGUGAUGCAGCAGCUUUUGCGGCGCCCUGCAAUGACUUGCAAGGCGUGCGAGCGUAUGCGGCCGUGGACGUGGACGGCCUAUGCACGCUGGGCACGGUGGUGGUGGACUACCGGGGCUACCGGGUCACGGCGCAGUCCAUCAUCCCUGGCAUCCUCGAGCGCGAGCAGGACCAGUCGGUCGUCUACGGUUCGGUCGACUUCGGCAAGACGGUCGUCACGCAUCCCGACUACCUCGAGCUGUUGAAGAAGGCUGGAAAUGCGCUGAAAAUACUACCUCACAGUGUGAUCAACGAGAAGAACGAAGAAGUAGAGCUGUGCUCGUCUGUUGAGUGCAAGGGCAUUACGGGCAAUGACAACAGGCACUACAUCUUGGACCUGUUGCGGACAUUCCCUCCCGAUGUCAACUACCUCAUUUUGGAUGGUGUGGAAUUGUGCAAGGAGUCCCGAGCGGCUGGCUUUCCGCGGGAACACAAGCACAAGCUGUGUUGCCUCCGACAGGAGCUGAUUGACGCCUUUGUCGAUGCUCGGUACGUGCUGUUCAUGAAGCUUGCCGCCUUCCACCUACGAAGCCUAGAGAAGAAGCAGCUGACAAGGGAUGGCGAGGAGGCGAAGGAUGACUCCAAGGAAGGGUCACCGGAGAAGGAGACGGAGAAAAAAGAAAAGUCAGAGCCGCCUCUGAUGCCCGGGGAGAUCAGGAAGUCAGCAGAGCGGCUAACAAACGGAGACAGUCCUGGCACCAAUGGCGUGUCGUCCGAAGCCGAAAGUCAGAAAGAUGUGAUCAUCAAGGCAGCUCGGGGUGUCGGGUCCCUGAAGGAUACAGAGUUUGACAUCCGGUUCAAUCCUGAUGUGUUCUCUCCUGGAGUGAAGCACGCUGGUGAUGAAGAGCAGCUGAAGAGACAGCGGCGUCUAGUCAUUGAGGCAGCAGACUUUUUGGUCGCUGACCAACUACCCGCUUUUGUGAAAGACUGUGCGGAUCACUCCUGCUCUCCCAUCGAUGGAAUUACACUCAGCGAGGCCAUGCAUAGUCGGGGUAUCAACAUGAGGUACUUGGGACGGCUCGCAGACAUGCUGGCGCCCAUGGAACAGCUCAAGUAUUUGCAUGCAGUGGUGGUGGGUGAGCUGCUGACCCGUGCAGCCAAGCAUCUGCUGACCACCUACCUACAGGGGGUCGACCCCACCAACAUGGCGGCCGCUAUCAGCCACUUUCUCAACUGCUUCCUCGCUGCGCCCACCGUCAACGUCCAGGCACCCGUGUCCUCCGAUGAGCUCAAGAGUAACCGGAAGAAGGGCAAGAGGAAGGGAAGGCACAACCUGUUCUCUGUACAAGACACCAGUGAGUGGGCAAGCCUGACGCCACGCUCCCUGUGGGAGCAACUGCGCGGGGAGCUGCGGUCUUACUACGGCUGGGAGCUGCCCUCGACGGCCGUGUCGGUGGGUGCGUGUCCGGACGAGUUUCUCGAGAGCCUGCGUCUGCACAAAUGCUCCCUCCUGCGUUCAAUCUGCCUCAAGACGGGCCUGCAGCUGCUGCACCGCGAGUACACCUUGGAGCACCGGUCGCGGGCCCCGUUCACGGAGGAUGACAUUCUCCAGGUGUUCCCGGUGGCCAAGCACGUGCACCCUCGUGCAACAGACGCGUACCACUUCUACCUGACGGGCCAGAGCAAGAUCCAGCAGGGCCUGCUCCGCGAGGGCUACGAGCUUGUCAGCGAGGCCCUGAACCUCAUGAACAACGUCUACGGAGCGCUGCACCCGGAGAUCGCCCAGUGUCUGCGUCUGCUGGCUCGCCUGUGCUACGUUAUGGGAGACCACCUCGAGGCCAUGGCAUACCAGCAGAAGGCUGUGCUCAUGAGUGAACGAGUGAAUGGAAUAGACCACCCUUACACCAUCACUGAAUAUACCCACCUCGCUCUGUACUGCUUCGCAAAUUCACAAGUGACGACGACGUUGAAGCUACUAUACCGGGCAAGGUACCUCAUGCUGCUCGCAUGCGGGGAGAACCAUCCCGAGAUGCCCGUGCUUGAUAGCAAUAUUGGCCUCAUUCUGCACGCGGUCGGCGAGUACGACUUGUCAUUAAGGUUCCUCGAGAAUGCCCUCAAGCUGAACAUUGCGUUCUAUGGUAGCCGCAGCCUCAAGGUGGCGGUCAGCUACCACUUGGUGGCUCGUGCUCAGUCCUGCCUGGGUGACUUCCGAGGGGCCCUGCAGAACGAGAAGGAGACCUACACUAUCUACAAGGCACAGCUUGGCGAGGAGCACGACAAGACUCGUGAGAGCUCGGAGUGCCUGCGCCACCUGACGCAGCAGGCGGUGGUGCUCCAGAAGAAGAUCAACGACAUCUACAAGAAGAACACCACAGCUGCUCUGCCUCCUAUUCAGAUCCAGGCACCUUCCCAGAGCAACGUCCUCGAGAUGCUCAACAUAAUCAACGGCAUUCUUUUUGUACAGAUCAGUCCGCAGGACAUUGAGAACUUCAAGGCCGAGUUGGAACGUCGACAGCAGCUGGCUGCGGCCGAGAAGAAGUCUGCCACUGCCGACGAUGGAGCAGCCACCAAGGAGCCGUCGGACUCUUGUAACGGUGGUGCCGUGGCACAGUCUGGUAGUGCGGUGACAAAUGGCAGUAGUCCCGUCGACACGACGACAACGAUAGAGACGUCUUCCUCUGGGGAUGCCGCCACUGUUGCAGCUGAAGUACCGAGCCGGUGAGGAGGACGGCAUCACCGUCGCCGACAUUACCAUCCAAGAGGCAUGCAUCCCUUCCAUCAAUUUACUUGUGUGGGAGACUCGUGAAACGAUACCGGCGCCCGCGGCAUGUGCCGGAUGGACUCUUCAAUCCGUGCCCGUGGCAUCAUCUAUUUACUCCUCCCCCUCUACCCAGGCUCUUGCCCCCUUUUCUUUCUUACAAAAGUAGCAUUGUAAAUUUCCGAACUCGUUCUUUACACACCUCAAUUUUCUUUUUUCUUCUUGCUGUUUCUGUUGCUGUUUUAUUACUUACAUGGCGAGUGCACGAAAUUGAGUGAUUUCUUCGUGGCUUGAGAGGGAGAGUUACAUUUUCUUAUAUCUCUUCCUCUACAGGCUUAGUCCUUCUUUUUUUUUUUUUAUUGGACAAGUGUGCUGUGCAUAUAUGUCUUCUGGCUCAACGACAUCCUUUCUGGGGGAAGUUGCACUUACCUUGGUAGCGUACUGUUUUCUUUUUUUCACGUACAGGCUGCGAGAGUCGCUACUUUUUUUAAUGCUUGACACCCACCGUGUAAGAAAAUGACUGUGCAUAGGAAAGCAGAAGCCCUCAUCGUCGGGUAGUGCGUAAAAACAGAGUUGGCGCACUUGAGAUCUCUCCUUGCAGAGUGGUCUAUCAAACAGUAUGAGCAUUUUUCUUUCAAUGUGCAACAAACAGAUCAAAGCAGCUCUGGUGGUUUUUUUUCUGGGGGCUGUUGUCCGAGCUGCUAGUGUGUAGCAAUAGCCUGGUAGAGUGAUCGCUGACCGAGUAAAAGUAGACACGGCCCAAUUCGCAGGAAUGGACUGUAUCGAACCGUUGGUCGUCAUUGCUAGAAAGCGCUCGAGCUCGUGUCCUUUUGCACACAUGUCGCAAGCGAGGUGUGUUGUUCAGUCAAUGAACCUUUGUAUCUGCGAUUGCAAAGCUGUUUUUCAGACCUUCCGUUGCCUCGUCACAGUGAAGAUAAUGGUGACGAUGAUCAAGUCUGAAAAUGACCAGUUGUACAUGAGAAAAAUAUUGCCUGUUUGUUUUUUGUUUUUUUUACACAUUAAGUCAGUUUGUUUAGUGAACUGUGUUUCUCAUUGUUUCUGCCCCCUUUGGCACUUUCUGCACACUUUAUUCGCUUGCCGGCAAGCAGUGCGAUUGUUUUGGGAGCUGCAGGUUUUCAAGCUCGUGCAGUCAUUUCCGGUUUAGACUAGCGUCGUCGUAAGGGGCUGAAAGAAAUAGCAUGUAUUCGAAAAAAAAAAUUGAGACAAAUUUGUCGGGCACUCCGUACAAUGUGCUCUUCUGCGUAAGUGUGAAGGGCCAGUGCAAUCUGCGGGAUAUCGUUUUCGCAUACGCAAGAUUUGGGUUGUUUCACAAGCGUCCCGUGUUACCCUGUGAUUCCUGAGCUGGAGCAGCAUAAUAAGAUGAUUAUGAGUGUAUACACCAGUCGCUCAAUCUUGUAUUCAGUGACGAGACGUUUUUUUCUUUUUUUUUUUUUUUUUUCAUAGUUGAACGAGAAAUGUUGGCAACGGGUAUCGUGUAUCAGGCCAAGCCAUUUUCUUUUUUUACAUAUAUUUUAGCUUUUUGCUCAGCAGAACCUUGUUCGACUUUGUUCUUGCGAUGUGAAGCGAACACAGAAUUGCAUAUCUAGUGUGUAUAAGAAAAAACUUUUUAUAACUGGAGGCAACACCUGCUGUUUUGUUAGAGCAGAAAACUCGUACGAAGGUGUGGGUACUGUUGAAGGCUGUGCAUGCUCGUAAUAAUAUACCCUGUACAUAACUGGCUGGAAAGCGAGAUAGUUGGCAUCUUUCAAAGAUCUUGCUAGUUUCUCAGUACAAUUCUUUUGUGUACUCUUGCAGACAACAUCGCAGUCUUCUCUUGCGAGGCUGCUUUUUUUAACUGUAGUGACCAAGAAGUCGCUUCAGUGCAGCUGUCAACAAAAUGUGCGUUGCUGUCCUUUUUGGAAGCUGAAUUAUGCUGAUGAUCUAGCCAAGUAUACAUUUAUUAUUCUCUUGUUGAGAACCGUCGUGCUUGAUUUUUAUUGCUUUUUCACGCUGGCACAUAGAGAAGACUGCUGGUUGAACUUCCCGUAAGUCACUAUGCAAAACUCCUAGACAGAGUCUGAACUGUUUCUUGGGAAAGGGAAAACAGAAUGUCCACAGUGAUGUUUUACUUGUCGGUCACUUCACACAAUUAAGGAAGUAGUCAAGUCCUCAGGUACAAGAAUGACUGGGAACAGUUCAGGCCUAGCACAAGGGUGAGGUGCGAUAUAUCUGAUUCCCCUUAUGACUGGCUCCCUGUUUUUUCAACUGUUAAGGGCACCGGAGUGUAUUAGCACAGAACAAUUCACUACUGCAGUGCGCGUAACUAAGGAAGGCUGUGUGUGAAUACCUCGGGGCAGUUACCACGCAUGUUCGCAUCGAACUGUGCCAUUGCAGCUGUUGCACUGUGCUGUGAUGCUCCAGCGUCCAAGGAACCAAGUUUCAGUGCCUUUAAUGUGUUAACCUGCUGACAAAUGUGGGUGUGCAUGUGUGGGCAUCACACCCGCAAGAGUUGCUGGCGGCUGGUGCGAAGCACUUUCCUGAUAGCGGCACCUUCUGUCUGAAGCUUGCUACAGGUCUGGUUGAGGAUUCCUUAAUAUUUUUCUCCUCGAGACCCUGCAAGAAUUUGCGCUGACCAUUGACCAAAGGCGAACAAAUUUCAUCUGUGGCAUUCGCCUUGCAAAAGAGUCACAAAUGUUGAAAAAAAAAUGCUUAACCAGUCUACAGGGCAACUUUUCAACAGAUGUGAAGCUAGCUUGUGCGUUUUCGAACGCUGGGCCAGCUUCUAACAGAUAUGAAGUGAGGCUGUGCAUGGCCUUGACAGUUGGCAUGAUGGAUUGUUCCUGGCACCGGGCGUGAAUUGGUAUGCAGAUAGAGCAUUGCGUUGCUCGAAACAUUUUGGAACACGUGGACCCCCAUUAGCAACAUUGAGGACAACAACAUCUCAUGAGGCAACCUGUCCUUGCAUACCAAGUAUGUCAUCGUUUUUAUAGUGAUGAGGUCACUGUACCAAAGUGCCAUGAUUCCCGAUGAUGACAUUUCUUUAAAGAUGGCAAGGGCAGUGUAGGCAAAAUCUUCUCCAACCUUGGCAUGUGUCGCAUCUACACCGAUGGCUUUGCGCAUGAACUUGUUUCACAGUGCUGUCGACGAACUGCCGACCAUUUGUUCUUUUUUGUCCCUUCUGACAUGUUACUUUCUCGUUCUUGCUUAACUGUUGAUAUAGUCUGUGCAUACUGCUAGUCAACUGUGUGAUGUAUUGUGACCGGUGGCUGACUUCAUUCAAGGGGGCGGUGUGCCUUGUCAAUGUUUACAAGUGAGCUGUAUGAGGGGCCUUCUGCUUAUGUUGUGUAAACUCGAAUACGCUGUCUUCCUUUCUCUGCACUACCUGUCUCGACCGCGCACUUGUGUGGUGUUAGAACGCUCAGCUGUCCACACUUUUGCGAGGAACUGCGGUGGGGCUCCAACGAGUGCCGAUCUAGAGCCUAACAUAUGUUGAAACUGGGAUGUUCUUGAGACGGCAGGCAACAGCUUUCUUGGAAUUAUGGGGUUGCUCCAACAAGCAGUUUUGGUGACUGGUAACAUGUUGAAGCCAAAGCAUAUGUUUUUUUUUUUUUUUUUUUUUUUUUUUUUUUCCCCUUCUUGCCGGGCGAUUUUCCUCAACUCUGCUGUUAUGUAAACAGUGGCACUCUUGCUCUUCAAACUUGGAGAACGGUUCUGCGACAACCCCAAUUCUUUUCUUCCCCCCUUUUUUUUUUUUUUCACAGCAAUUUGGUGGGCGAAAUUCUUCUCCUUCGUUUCGCUGAACCGUGCAUUUUGUAAAUGACUAUGGGCUUCAUGCUGUUGCCAUGGAAGUCAUGAGCUUAUGCAGAAAAGUCAGCAUGCCGACUGCAGCUUUGUGCAAGUGCUGUGUGCCGUUUGCGCAUCAUCUGUGUGCUCUUGCUUGCUGGCUGUAGAUAGGAUGAAAAUCUACGCCCGCAUUAGCAAACAUUCUUUUAUGCAAGAUUGUUGCCUGCAUGCUCAGUGUUUGGGCACCCUCUCCUGAUAUCGAGGCUAGCGUGAUGUCGAGGCUAUCGCCAUGGUGACAACCAUUCUUGGUGCCACAGGCUCUUGCAUGAGAGAAGGCUUGCGAAUUAUAUCGUGCGGUUUAUCUUGCGUGAGCCCAUUGCACGCCUGUGUGCAAGGCUUGUGGAAGGAUGUGCUCAUCAUUGCAUUUGAACUGGUUAGUGAUGUUGCAGGGCUUUUGUCGUUCGUUUUCCUUUUUUUUUUUUUUUCUAUUCACCUUGAGACGAGACGCCUGCUGGGUGUCCAUAGUGAUGCACCAUACCUUGGCUCAUAGAAAUGUUAGCCUUUCUAGCUGUACCUCUGUCCCACUGUGGCAACUGUAAUAUUUAGAGUGUACUCGCAUUCAGAAGUGCGUAGUACACCAUGUGACGUCAGUUUACUGUUGGUUUAAUAUGCAGUGCACAUAUGUAGGUGUUGCUGUACAAAAAGAACAAAUAGCAAGUAUUAGUAGUAUAAAUAGAAUAGUAUAGUAUUCUAUAGAAUAGAACACUAUACAAACCAAUUGGAUCCAGUUAAGACCAACAAAGACUAAUUGUAUUUCAUGAAAAUAGCAAAUGGAACACUUUUCCUAUACUCAACCUAUAUAACAGCACAGUGUGUUUAACUGAUGCUUAAAAAUCGUGCAUAGCAAAUGAAGGCAUUGUAGCAACUGCCUUCACAACACUGUUUUCAGGCAACUCAUCCAGGGACAACAAAAACCAGCAAAUCGAUUUCAUGCCAUUCAGAAAGCUAAACUGAAAAGCGGCGCUGUCUGUAAAAAAAAAAAUUACAAAAAAAACUGGUCAUGCCAGUCUAAAACCAGCCAGAUGGUGACAGAAGUACAGCUUGAAGGGUGCAAUACCCUCUUGCCAGCUGGUAGUAGCCAACAUUGCAGAAGACUGCUUUGCUGCUUCUAGUUUGCAUAUUCAAGUACAAGUUGCAGUUGACUGCCAUUGUUGAACAGCAGUACCAUACUUAACGAGAACAUUUGUUUUGCAUUUUUCCCCCACACAGUGGGCAACGACAGAAGGAAAGGCAGACAAAGUUUGGUAGUACGUGUCGUCUUCUGUUGAAAGUUUGUUGGCUGAAAUGUGAGCUGCGACUCCUUUCUGAAAGUGAGCCGUGUUUUGCGCAGCAGAUGCUGGAGGACGUGUUAGGCCAACUCGGAUACAGAAAUGUAAUCCUGGUAGCUCAUUUGUACACAGAAAAAUAUUACUCUUAGAAAGGCUUAGGUAUUAGUGGCUCUUUUUAUAUCCCAAUCCAUAGCCCAACAUGCUGCCAACUUGCAGGCAAGGAGAGUGUGCGUGGCCCUAAACCGAUUUUUUAGAUGUGCCAUUUAAGAACAGAGAAUCAUACAAACGCAGAACACUCUGGCUGAUCAUUUUGGUUGAUUGAUGCCUUGAAUGUUUGCAUGUAGCUGCACUUUUCUCCUUCCUGUUGCUAUGAUCCUUUUUUUUUUAAUAUUAUUUACAGGUAGUUGUUGAGUAUUAGCAGUUACAUAGGAGCUGGGCUAUAUUUUUUUGUUGUUUCGAUAGAUCCUAGCAUUCCAUGUGUUUCAUAGAGAACAACCUAGCCAGUUUGUUGUACAAAUGAGUCAGCUUGUAAGGUAGCCAUUGUUAAAAAAAUAAAAUGUUGCAUCAGUGCUAA